ACAAGGCAAAACUACACUUCCCACAAUUCACUGCAACGACCGUUUCCUGUUACACUCUCAAGCGCGCGCUCAGUGCAGGUCUCUCAGAAACGCGCAUCGCAUGGGCUUAUGAUUUAACACAACUUACCUUACAACAUCACAAUGCCCAAGUCAAAGGAAGUGUUGUCCUCUACGUCAGGUAGCGAUUCUGAUAGUGACGUCGAGACCAAGGCCAAGAGAAAGAAGCAGGCGGCUCCAGAGAAGCCAUCAAAGAAACCGAAGGGUGGAGAAUCCUCAAAGGUGUCCGCCGCCUCCAAAAGCAGCAGUAGCAGCGAUAAAAAGGAUAAUAUGUUCCAGAUAGGAAAGAUGAGAUAUGUGAGUGUCAGAGAUUUCAAAGGAAAAGUGCUGAUCGAUAUCCGGGAAUACUGGAUGGACCAGGAGGGUGAAAUGAAGCCAGGGAGAAAAGGUAUUUCACUGAACCCAGAGCAGUGGAACCAGCUAAAAGAGCAGAUGAGUGACAUUGAUGAUGCUGUGAGAAGAAUAUAAGACUUGUCCGCAGUUCAAGAGGAAUCUUGAUUCUUUUUUUUUUAAACAAAUUCUCAUUCCGCAGCUCCGCCUGUGCUUUGCAAAGCAAAUGUGUUAACCGGGACUCUUUGUAUGUAUAUUUUAGAAUAGGCUUUAUUAAAAUAGUUGGUAACUGAAUUUUUGUUUUAUAGUAUUUGAAGAAUUUUGUGGUCGGGCUUUGCUAGAGGGCAUGGGGUGUGACAUUAAUUUUCAAUAAACGUAAUAGAAAUAGA